AUGCGUCUUGCCUCCGUUCCACCAGACCAUGAGGAACCUUCCCGAAUGCCCGUGACUAACGAGUAUUUAUGGCCGAGACAAUAUCAUUUUGCUCAGUUGUGUUCAGAAUCACCUUCCGAAGACAGUCGAGUAAACAACAUGGACGUUUCAGUGAGAAACAUUCCCCCUCAAGGCGCGCCCGUCCAUCUGGCUCCCAUUUACGUGGCUCCCAUUCCAACAGCCCCCAUCCCGAAGGCGCCCAUUUCCAUGCUGCCCGUUGACGAAGCUCAUGACCCGUUUUACUACGCAUUGAACAUCAAUCCCUAUUCCCACACCCGCAGUCUUGCCUCCGUUCCACCAGACCAUGAAGAACCUUCCCGAAUGCCCGUGACUAUCGAGUAUUUAUGGCCGAAGCAAUAUCACUUUGCUCAGUUGUGUUCAGAAUCACCUUCCGAAGACAGUCGAGUAAACAACAUGGACGUUUCAGUGAGAAACAUUCCCCCUCAAGGCGCGCCCGUCCAUCUGGCUCCCAUUUACGUGGCUCCCAUUCCAACAGCCCCCAUCCCGAAGGCGCCCAUUUCCAUGCUGCCCGUUGACGAAGCUCCUGUUUACGUGGCUCCUGACCUGUUUUACUACGCGUGA